CAAUUAAUCAUUUACAAAUAUGUAUGUAGUUUUCUUUUAUGUUCAAUGGCUAUGUACUAAGUGUCGAUGGGUCACAUAGGAAUUGUGCCUCUUGUUUGUCUGUAACUCUGAUAAUCUUGUUAAAAUUUUGCCACUAUGCCAACGAUUGUUACAGUAAUACCAAUAAUGAUAAAGGCUGCACUUUUGCUUUUCAGUCACUUUAGCAUUCUAACCAGCGUUAUUUGUUUGGUGUACGAUAUUCUUCGAUUUGAUAUAUGCUAAGGAUCAGCUUUAUCAGAGUUAUGUCUUGGUUACCUAGCUGUACAGUCAAAGUAGCCACAUACAGUUGGCUGCAGCUAUUUAAUGUUGGCCAUAUUAUAGAAGGCGUGCAUUUUUUGUUUUGUGUUAAAGCACAGGGGUGGGUGAGAUGAUUUGAUGUUAUAGGAAGUGCUGUGACCAACUCUAUAGCUCAUUCUAAAAAAAAUACAAGAUGACUUAACGACACGGAACUUUACAUGAAACUUGUUUCCAUAUAAAGAAUAUUCCAAAGUAAUUUGUUUUGUUAGGAGUUACGGUAACCUGUGAAUUUGUUGUCGGAUCAUAAGUAAUAACUCAACAUAUGUAUCUGAUCAACGCUUGUGUUUGUAAUAAUAGCAGUAUUAUGUAGUAUAUUUUAUUAUCAUUUGGUUUGACAUUUUCUUUCUUUUUAGUUUAAGAAUUAAACCUGAGAUAGUAUGAAUGAACUUAGACAGGUGUUAUAUGCCUCAGUUUUUCUUACAGUGUGUUACGCUGUUAACAAUGGGGGACCGACUAUUCGAGGUACUACGAUUUCAAAUAAAUCAGGAGUCGACAAAUACUGCAAAAAUAAUCCAAGCAAAUGUCCUAUAUUAAAAUACAAGAGAAAUGAUACUGUAGCUGACAAUAACAUCCAAAACAAUAAAAAUGGUAGCGCUGGAAUUGCCAAAAGGUUUAGAUCAGGCGUUAUUGCCGAUUUGAAAAGAUUACGACGAGAGACAAAAAAUAUAUUAAAACGAACAUUUAUUAAAAAGCAAAAAAAAAAGCAAUCAACCCGCCAAAGACUUAGAUCAAAAUACUAAAAGAAGGUGGUCCUGUAGCGGACUGUUGAAUUAACUGAUUUAUUAUUGUAGACUGUAAAUUAUUGUUUCAAAUUAGAUAUUGACGAAAAGUAAUUAAAAAAUAAAAUAAGUUAACAUCAAUAUUUUUUUAUACCGUAUAUAGAAAAUUGCAAAGUUAAUGUUUUUUUCAUCAACUAUUUUGAACAUAUAAAAACCCUAUCAAGGGGCAGGCAAAGCAAAACGUUGAUUUUAAAAUAUAUAUUCAGUUAACUUUGAAUCAACUGCCGCAUAUAUUAUAACAUUAUUGUAAUUUUUCUUGACCGGAGAUUUAAUUUGUUCUUGGUUAAGUAAAUAUUGUUUCACCUUCAACCCUAUUUCAUUUCAUUUGAAAUAAAAAGUUUGUUUUUGAUUCCAGAAAGAAAAAGCAAUGUUGUACAUUGUCAAAAGAAAAACAAAAAAAGUUGUUAUGUUGUUGAUAAAAAGUUGAUUGUUAUAAAUGUCAGUAAUCUGAGUUAUUUAGCACCAACCUUGGUCUUUAAUAUAUUAAAGGUAAAUUAGAAAUAAAUAAAUUAAAAAGAUAAAAAAUGGAAAAAAUUGACUUUUUAAAGAGUGUUGACGUCAGCAUUAAAACUUUGAUGUUAAAUCACUUCUAGUAUUAUAGUCAGUUACCUGGCUAAGCUUCAGAGUCAUAGCAUUUGCCCUUCCUUGAAUUCAAUAGUGGUGGUAAAAUUAGCCCCCCCCCCACUACCCUCUCUAAAAACGAGACUCAAAGUACCACCCCUACAUUAAGAUAACGUUAAUUUAAAAUUUGAGAUUGUGCAGGUAGAGUUUCAUUUAUAAUGAACUUCUUUAAUUGAUGCACAAUAUGAA